AUGAGUAACUUCAUUCAUCAUGUGGUUUCCAGCCACUCGGGUGUAUCCACCAACCAAUCACCACCGGUCAAUUGGGCCCAUGACGACCUGACCUCGAGAUUCAAUCUCGUUAUCGGAGAAGUGGAGAAGAUUUAUGGUGAUGACUUCCCAAGACAACGCAGAGAUGACAUGCUGUUUUGGAAUGUACUGGGAGCCAUUGAAAUCGAGGAGCGCAAAGCUCGUGUCGAUGCAAAUCUCCGCGGAACAGCCUCUACGGGCAUCAAGGUCGAGUCUACGGGCAUCAAGACCGAAGCCGAAGAAGUCUCAACAUCAGGGCCAUCGAACACUCGAAGAGUCAAGAUCGAUGAAGAAGAGCGCAAAUACCAGCCAGUCAGCAUUUCACCUCCCGCUCAAAAUUCCACACGCAGAGAGCAUGCAAGUGGUCGAGGUAUGCCUGCCGCUGCCCACUCUGCAGGUAGAGGUCGUUUGUCACAAGC